UCAGGUGUGUUUGUUUAUAUUGGCAGCUGAGAGAGAGUGAGAGGCGGUGAGCAGCACGUGGUGUGGCCUGCAUUGCUUGUACUAUAUCAGGCACUGCUAUAUCAGGACCAACACAUCACUCAGCACUCAGCACGGCGCAAAACAGCGCGCCAGCCGCCCACACACCCACACACCCACUCCGAGGAACCAGCACACACCACAACCAUGAGUACAGAGGAGCCUGCCUGUGCCGCUGCCGACCCGGAGGCUGACACUGCAGACAAUGACUCAGAGGAGGAGGAGGAUGAGGAGUACGCAAAGAAAGUGAAGUUAGUGCAAGAGAAUCCAGCUUUCUACACUGACGCUGCAGCGUACUGGAACAAUGUGCCGGCCACGGUCAAUGGCAUGCUGGGAGGCUUUGCCCACAUCAAUGCUCCCGACAUCUGUGGCUCAGAAAUCUUCCUCCAGAGUAUCUUUAAGAUGAAGAACGCUCCAGGUCACGGCCGCGCGGUGGACUGUGGUGCAGGCAUCGGCAGGAUAACCAAGCAUCUGCUGCAGAAACACUUUGGCAAAGUUGACCUGGUUGAACAGUGUCAGAGUUUUUUGGACAGGGCUAAGGAAUCAUUGAAAAGUUCUCCUAAGGUUGGUGAAUAUUUGUGUCAAGGCCUGCAGCACUUUGCCCCAGAGCCCGGUACCUAUGAUGUUGUGUGGAGCCAGUGGGUGCUGGGGCAUCUGACGGAUGAAGACCUUGAGAAUUUCUUCCGAAGGAUGGCGCGAGGACUUAAGCCUAAUGGUGUGGUUGUUGUGAAGGAAAAUGUCACGUCCUCGGGUAUCGUAGAACUGGACGAACAAGACUCGUCCGUCACCAGACCUGAGAGUCUGCUUCUGGAGAUAAUAGAUAAGGCGGCACUCAGGGUCAUAAAGAACACAAAGCAGAACAAUCUUCCCAAAGGCCUUUAUGAAGUAAAGAUGCUGUGUCUGAGGCCUAAAUGAAAUGAACAUGUUUUUAUUGGUGAUUGGGAAAGGAGAGGCAGGUUUGUAUUUGAACUGAAAAUUGCUCAAGAAAAGAUCCAAAUAUGAACUGAUUUAGGAAUUGGGAAUCUUUUCUCAGAUAUUAAUGAGUUAAACUUAUGUAAGUAUUUACAGAAUUUAGUAUCUAGUACUGUAAUAGUUAUGCCUAACUAUUUACAGCAAUAGGAUGUGUAUUUACUGUUUCUUACAGUGUUUUGUCAUAAGAGCCAUUGCUAUGUUUAGUGCCUGGUGACUGUGAUUCUUAAUUACAAGUACACCAUGUAUGGUACUUUUCAAAUGAUAUUCUUACACAUUAUAUGGUAUCAGUUAUAUUGAAUGAACUGUGGUUUUCUGCAGGAAUAAUGACUGUAGUGAUAUUUAGUGUCAGGACACUCAGGACAGACUAAAAGUAAUUCAGGGUUUGGUGUUACUCCCAGCCUGGCCUGGCCUGGCCUGGCUUGGCUUCGUUUGGCUUGGCUGAUGAUUUGUCUGAAGAGCCUUAGUGCCAUGAUGGCCCUGACAGAUGUGGCCUCAGAAGGGGCACCCUAUAGUAGGUACAUCACACCACACCUGCAAAUCACUUUCCUUAUUUCCAUCAUGCUCCCUCCUAGGUUAGCCAUCACACACACACACACACACACGGUAGCUCAGUGGUUAGAGCGCUGGCUUCACAAGCCAGAGGACCGGGGUUCGAUUCCCCGGCCGGGUGGAGAUAUUUGGGUGUGUCUCCUUUCAUGUGUA